UCUUCUUUCAGCCUUACAAGUUACGUCGAUAUUCUUGCUUAAUUUGCUCGAUAACGUUAUGAGGAAAGGGUUUAUUGGCUAAAUGUGGCAACUCUUCUCUUGCGGCUGAAAAAUUGGGCUAGUUUCAGUCUUUGUGUGCGGGUUUUAGUAGUCGUUGCUGACAUUCUUGCUAGACCUGGCAACCCUGAGUGUGUCCCCUGAACUUCAGCCAUCCGGAAGUGAAUAAAUGAUCUCAUCGCAAGCCCAGUUGCUAAGCUGCAAGUGUAGACUGUGGUCGCAAGCAACAUGAAAUCAACAACAAGGAUUGAAGGAGCAAGACAGAAUCAGAUUAGUACUUGUUAUUAGCUAGCUAUUGAUUCCGGCCUUAACCAUUCUCUUUUCACCAAUCAUAGCUAGAGAUAUUCUACUGGCAAUUAGCUUAAAAUGCAGCUAAAAGUCUCAUCAUACAGUCAACACACCUGAAGCAGCUAGCUCUGUGUGAAUAAUAACACUGUUGAGUGUUGGACGCCCAAGAAUCACCAUGGCUGUGGCCAACACCACCAAAACAUCAUGGAGAUUACAGGAGAUUGUAGCCCACUCCAGUAAUGUGGCGUGUCUGGCCCUGGGGAAGAACUCAGGCCGUCUGCUAGCCACUGGGGGAGAGGACUGCCGAGUCAACAUCUGGGCAGUCAGCAAACCCAACUGCAUCAUGAGUCUGACAGGCCAUAAUAACCCAGUGGAGUGUGUAAAGUUUAAUAACUCUGAGGAGCAGGUGGUGGCUGGCUCACAGUCUGGAUCACUGCGCGUAUGGGACCUGGAGGCUGCAAAGAUCCUAAGAACUUUAAUGGGACACAAGGCCAAUAUCUGCAGCUUGGACUUCCACCCGUUUGGGGAAUACCUGGCAUCAGGCUCCAUGGACACCAACAUCAAGCUGUGGGAUGUACGGAGAAAGGGCUGUGUGUUCAGGUACAAGGGUCACACUCAGGCAGUAAGGUGCCUGGCUUUCAGUCCAGAUGGGAAAUGGUUGGCCUCUGCUAGUGAUGACAGCACCAUCAAGCUGUGGGACCUGACUGCAGGGAAGAUGAUCACAGAGUUUACAGCACACACCGCAGCCAUCAACAUCAUCCAGUUCCACCCCAACGAGUAUCUGCUAGCGUCAGGCAGCUCUGACAGGACCAUCAAACUGUGGGAUCUGGAAAAGUUCAAGAUGAUUGGCUCUUCAGAGGGAGAGAUGGGACCAGUCAGGUGUCUGGCCUUUAACCUGGAUGGCUGCUGUCUGUACAGUGGAGCUGUGGACUCUCUGCGUAUCUAUGGCUGGGAGCCCGACCGCUGCUUUGACGUGGUGCCAGUGGGCUGGGGCAAGGUGGCAGACCUGGCUAUCUGCAACCACCAGCUGAUUGGCGUGUCGUACAAUCUGACGAAUGUUUCAUCCUACGUGGUGGAUCUCACGCGGGUGAGGAAGUCUGGCUCUGUGAUCCAAGGCGUAAUCCAGGACGACCAGCCGCUCACAGAGCCCUCCCCGAAAGGAUCCACGCUGCGACGCAACUACGACCGACCCCUGACCACCUGCAGCACACAGAGGGUAAAGCAGAGUUCUGAGUCAGACCGGCGCAGUCCAGAGGGGGAGAGGAGGAGCCCCAGCAGUGAGGACGAGAAGGAGUCCUCCGCCGAGAUCCGUAACCCUGAGGACUACAAGGAGAUCUUCCAGCCAAAGAGCGCCAUCUCUCGCACCCCCCCAAAGAGUGAGCCAUUCCCUGCGCCUUUAGAAGAUGAGAGUUUUGUGGUGAGGGCUAACCAAGGGCUGGUGGAGCUCAUGACUCCUAUGACUGACAGACAGCAGCCCGGCCUGUUGAAGAACCUUCCAGUGGCCUCGUCCACUCCGGUCCUGAGGGUGGAGCCUACCGUGGUCGCCACGGCGCCCCGUCCCAUCCCCGUGGUAACCGCACGAUCUCCGACCUCUAACCACCCCCCUGCACCCCACCCAGCCCCCCCACCGGUCGUUGCUAUGGCGAAGGCCAAACCCCAGCCUAGCGUCAUCCUCUCCACCAGGAAUGAACCAAUAGGACUCAACGUGGGUGAUUUCCUGCCUCCUGCUCGUAACAACCGGCCCAGUGUGCUGGGUGAUGACGAGGCUCUGGCCCAGAUCAGAAAGGGCCAUGACACCAUGUGUGUGAUGCUCACCAGCCGACACAAGAACCUGGACACCAUCAGAGCUGUGUGGGGCAGCGGGGACGUCAAGACCUCCUUGGACUCGGCUGUCUCGAUGAAGGAUCUCUCUAUCGUCGUGGACAUCCUCAACAUCGUUAACCUCAAACCGUCGCUAUGGAAACUGGACCUGUGUACCGCUAUCCUGCCCCAGAUUGAAGAGCUGCUGCAAAGCAAGUAUGAGAGUUAUAUGCAGACGGGUUGCAUGUCUCUGAAGCUGAUCCUGAAGCGUUUCUGGCCUCUCAUCUCAGACACCCUGACAGCGCCCCCCUCUGUCGGAGUGGAUAUAACACGGGAGGAACGCCACCAGAAGUGCAAGGCAUGCUACAAGCAGCUGAAGAACCUCAGCAACGUGGUGAAGAACAAGGCCGACCAGGUGGGUCGCCACGGCAGCGCCUUCAAAGAGCUGCAACUGCUCAUGGCCCCACUGGACUACUGACAGUCGACUAUGCAAUUGGAGACAUGCACAGAUCCACAGACCCAAAAUGGCUGAGCACUGUGCUGUGAGGACUCAAGUCCGACUGACUGAUGGCUGCAUUCUCUCAUCUACCGGAGUGGUAAAUCAGGGGACAAUCACAGAUUCACACUGCGUGUGGAUGGACUGAAGCAGUGGACUCAGAGACUGAGCGGGAUAUGAGUCCUGUGUCCAGAAGGAGUCCAUGUUAGAACUCAUGGAGUAGCUGUGUGCUCAGGACGUAGCUCUCCUAUUUAAACACUGGGCACUUAUGAUUCCUUAAUCUGUGUGAGAGUAUGUGUUUGUGUGAGAAAUGAUGUCCUCUGUGACCUUGACUUUCCCACCACAGAUGAGGACACACACUUUUCAUAAUUCCUCCACGCACACAAACACCUAUGGCACACAGACCUGACUAGGGCCGGGUUUCAAUCCAUUUGUGGGUUAUAGGCAUUGCCUUUAAAAGCUGCAAUGUUCACACGGAGAUCCUAUUCACAGGAAAGGCUGCAUAUGUCGGCUCAAUCGGAAAUUGCCUAUAACCUGCCAUCGGAUUGAAACCCAGCACGUGUUCAGGUGAUUGAAGCGCUGAUGGGUGUACGGUGUGAUUUCUAUUUAAAUAUUCUCUCAAUCUUUUUCUACAUUCUGUACCUGAGAUGUCGACCCUAGAUGCACUCUUUGAAAGUAUUGUUAACACUAAAAGAACAUGUUUUUCUAAAAAAAGUAUUGUUUAAAAAGGAAGGAAUCUAGCUUUAGGCAUGUUUCUGGAGUUGAUCAGCAACAAGACUUCCGGAAUUGAAAGGAACAACGCUUGUUAUGUGUGUAAUUCCACUCCAACAGAGAGCAGCACUGUUCUAGCUGGUUGGGAAGGUACUGUUUGAAAGGUGCUAAAUUAAACGAACAAGGCAGACUAGCCCAUCCACCACUCCAUAGUGUGAAAUGUAUAGGGCACAGGGUCAUGUUUAAGGGGUCUUGUAGAAUCAGUUGCAACCAUAGUUAUACGGUGAUCACAACUUUGUAUUGGUCCCAUUGUGGCAUCUGUGAGCACAUGGGCAGCGCCAUCUCCAUUUUGAAGUAGUCCAUUUUCUUCUGAGUUGGUAAAACUGAAAGGGUACAUACAGUCACCUGGAAUGUGUUUAAACAGGUGUCAAGGUUGUCGAUUUACUGCCAUCUGCAGUUAUGGAACGUUUGCUCACGAGUAUAAUUCAUUGGCUGAUCCCUCCUGAUGACCUGGAUGGAAUUGUGAUCCUUACUUAACCCAUAGGAAGUCCCACCCAGUUGAUUACUUCAAAAUGUUGAAAGGCCUCAAUGGCACCAAAGAUUAUCUGGUCAAUGUAAUGGAUACACUAGUGGCCGCUCUAACACAUGAAACGUCUUAAACUGGAAGGCAGUCGGGAGGAGGCAAGAUCAGGUGGGACCAUUCUAGCCAAUGAGAGGGCAGAUACAGG